AUGAGUAGCUCCGGUGUACCUCAUGUCACUGCAUCUUUACCCUGCGAAGCAUCCAACGACGACAAUAACAAUGGCUCCUACCGAAUUCAGGACUCAAAAUCCUCUAAUGACCCAUCUUCCCAGUCGAUCAGGCCUUCUGUCGAGUUCCAAUCCAAUACAAUUGCGCCAUCUCCACCUACCUCACAUUUGACCUUCCACCAGCAGACUGACGAAAGACAAGAACUCGCCUCACCUCUGCGUAUCUCAACGGACGUUUCUACCCCAAUCCCUAUAAGUACUGAAAGAGGUCGGGAACCGCACGCUGCCAAUAUUGGCCUAUCGCCACCACGAGGAUUGAAUCAUAAGACUUCUGCUAAUAACCUUCACCCUAUUUCUCGAACUCCAAGCGUCAAGGCGGCAUUUGCCAACUAUUCCGGCUCCUUGGGAGGAUCCAGCGGAAGCAUCCCAAGCCCAGUGAUCACGGCUAUGGGAGAUAUGACACCACUACCCAGCCCGUUACUCUCCAGCGAUUCACCUGGUCCAUGGAGAAAGUUGACCGCCGGCUCUGCGUCUCCUCCGCAGCCGAGAAGCAGAUUCCAAAAUGUUGAUGACACACCCGAGACUGGGAUGGAUCCAACCAAUGAUCAGCCUUCUCAUGGAAGCCCAACCAGAAGAAAACAGUACGGUACGUUGGAUGCACUGGAUAACCCUCCGCCAUCAGCGUCCUCUGGGGAGCAUGACCAAAAUCGAGUUGUUCGCCAUACCAGAAAUCGCAGCGUCAGCGAGUAUGUCCCGGAGCCCUCACCGUCACACCGACGCCCCGUAAUCGUGUCAGGGUCCCAUAUGAAUCGUAAUGUCACACCAAAUAGCCACGACUCACACAUGAGGAGAGAACUCAACUUUGCCGAAUCACGAGGGAUCACCUCCGUAGGUGGCCAACCACCCACCCCGCCUCCUAGUGAAUCUUCAAAAGAGUCUGUUGAUGGCAGAAGAUCCAAGGAUGGUGAGGACGAAUGGUUCGAGGCUCUUGGCAGGCAUGACCAGAAGCGCCGUCGCUGGAGGUCUAUUGGCUUCCUUGGACAAGGAACCUUUAGCCGUGUCAUGUUGGCAAGUAGCCAAAUCAGGUCAUUAGAUUAUUCUCAAGAUCAGCCUAUUGAGGCUACUUCUCCUCUGGUAACGGAUAAGGGGCAACGGAAGAAGCUUGUCGCUAUCAAAGUCUGCGAACACGGCCCUCGUGGUGGCGCCAGUGAAGAGCGCAUUGAGAUGAGCCUAAAGCGAGAACUGGAGAUAAUGCAAUGCAUACAUCAUCCGUCUCUGGUUAACCUUAAGGCAUGGAGCAUUGAACCCACAAGGGCUAUUCUUGUCCUCAGCUAUUGCCCUGGAGGAGAUUUGUUUGAUAUGGCGACCAUACACAGAAAGCUUUUCACGCCAGCUCUGUUACGCAGAGUGUUUUCCGAGCUCGUGGGGGCAGUGAAAUAUCUUCACGAGCGGCGGAUUGUUCAUCGAGACAUCAAACUGGAGAACGUCUUGGUCAAUUUGACCCCGACGGAGUUAGCUGAUUCUUCUGUGGACUGGGCAAAAUUUCCCACAUCUCUUAUUACACUGGCCGAUCUUGGCUUAUCUCGUCGUAUUGCUGAUGAUGAGAAGCUGGAAACACGCUGCGGCUCUGACGACUAUGCCGCCCCUGAAGUGAUCAUGGGCCAACCGUACGAUGGCCGAGCCACUGAUGCAUGGUCACUUGGCGUUCUUCUGUACGCCCUUCUGGAAUCUCGUCUCCCAUUUGAUCCACAUCCCGGCAUGAGUGAUGCACAUCGGAUGCGUAGUAGGACUAGUCAUCGCAUUGCAAGAGUGGAAUGGCGAUGGGUCGAGUAUGCCGGGGAUGAUGGUGACCAUGAGGCUAAUCACGCCAUGUUCGAAGAGAAGGGCCUUCUCGGCGCCAUGGAAAUUACAGAAGGCUUACUGAAACGGGCUCGAAGUCGUUGGACUAUGGACCUUGUUGCGAAUCAACCCUGGGUCCGUGAUGCUAUCCAAGUUGAGGGCGGUAUCAAGUUCAGAGAUGAGGACGAGGGAGAAGUGGUAUAA